GUCCAGCAUUCGGCGCGUGGACGCAUGUCAUUCAGAAGAUACCAAACAUGGGGACUUCCGACGCUAGUUUGUCGAACGCGGCCUGGGGAGACAUGGACAGGUAAAUUGCCAUAGUCGUUUGGAAGAGCAUGCGACAAUGCGCCGUGAGAAGGCUGCUAAUCAUGGCGUGUCUACCAGAGCCCUGGGCCAAUUGUUUAUGAUGGGCUUCGAUGGGACUGCAGUAACUCCCCAAAUACGUACUCUCAUACAGGAACAUCAUCUGGGAUCGAUCCUUUUGACAGCCAAGAAUCUAAAGUCUGCUGAGGAUACAAGUGCUCUUGUAUACGAACUCCAAAAAUGUGCCUUUGACGCUGGCCAUCCAGUGCCUCUACUGAUAGGUAUUGACCAAGAGAAUGGAGGAGUCAACUCUCUGUUUGAUGACAUCUUUAUUCGUCAAUAUCCAUCAGCCAUGGGUAUUGCUGCCUCAGGUGACCCAGAUCUCGCAUACAAGGUCGCAAAGGCCAGUGCAGAGGAGAUUUCUGCAUGUGGAGUCAACUGGAUAAUGGGACCCUGCCUCGAUGUACUUACCAAUACUCGAAAUCAACCGCUUGGAGUGCGCACAACUGGCGAUGAUCCGGUACAAUGUUCUGAGUACGGAGUCGCUUUCAUGAAAGGCUACCAAGAUGCUGGGAUUGCCACAAUGGGAAAACACUUUCCAUCCUACGGAAAUCUCGAGUUCUUAGGCUCUUCUUUGGACGUCCCAACAAUCACCGAAUCAUUGGAGCAAUUGAGUUUGAGUGCUCUUAUACCCUUUCGCGACGCUAUCAAAAAAGGCCUCGACUCAAUCAUGGUCGGAGGUUGUGCAAUGUCUUCAGCAGGUCUGAAUGUCAUGCAUGCAUGUCUUUCAGAUAGAGUGGUCGAUGGCUUGUUAAGGAAGGAACUCGGAUUUGACGGUGUAGUUGUUAGUGAGUGCCUUGAAAUGGACUCACUCUGCCAGAACAUCGGCGUCAACGGUGGUACAGUCAUGGCUGCGAAUGCUGGCUGCGAUAUUCUUCUGCUAUGCAGAUCGUUCCAGCAUCAACUUGAGGCAAUCAACGGAUUCAAGCUUGGCCUGGAGAACUCGAUGAUCACCACAGAUAGAGUCCGUCGGUCGCUCAACAGGGUACUGGCGAUGAAAUCAAGAUGCACGUCAUGGGACAAGGCUUUGAAACCGGCAGGCAUCGACCUCUUGUCUCGACUCCAGCCAUCACACACAGCACUUUCAACCAAAGCUUACAACUCGAGCAUUACUGUGGUGAGAGACCAAAACGGUUACUUACCCCUGACGAACAUCAUCGAGCCGGAAGAAGAAUUGCUGCUACUCACGCCUUUGGUAAAACCGCUUGCUGCAUCAGCAGCUUCACGCGCAGUCUCACAACACGCCCCUAUGGACUCACCCGAACCACAAUGGGAGCGAGGCAAUCCAGGACUGAGCGGUGAGAGGGUAUUUCGAGAGCUCGGAAGAUCAUUGGCUCGCCAACGAACCGGCAGAGUGCUGCACACCAGCUAUACCGCGAAUGGUGUUCGGCCUCAGCACGAAAGCUUGAUCAAGAGAGCGAGUGCAGUCGUCGUGGUCACUGCGGACGCGAACAGGAACAUGUAUCAGAACGGAUUCACAAAACACAUCUCGAUGAUCUGCAACAUGCAGCAUACGGCAGGCGGCGAGAAGAAAAUCAAGCCCCUAAUCGUCGUGGCUGUCAGUUCGCCUUACGACUUUUCCACAGACACGUCGAUUGGCACAUACGUCUGCACGUAUGACUUUACAGAAACUGCAUUGGUAUCUCUCGUGAGAGUGUUACAUGGAGAUAUCACACCGACCGGCUCCUUACCUGGCACAAUCAGCCGUAGCGAGAAACUCACACAAUCAAAGACGCACUGGUUGGUCGAAAUCUUCAACGAAGAACGAGAUGGUGCCGCCCUAGACACCUUGAUCAAAGAAAUCAUCGAAUGGUCAGCACCAAACCAACGCUCGGAACUCCGAGGCGCAACCUCAAACUCCUUCCUCCUCCGACAGCAAAACGUUCUCGAAACCCACUUCGUCGUCCGCAACAGCAGCACCUCAGCCCUCUACGGUUUCUGCUCUACAUAUUUUUUCAAAUCCACCGGCACAGGCGCAAUAGGCGCCCUCUUCGUCGACCCGGGCAGACGCAAACUUUCCAUCGGUCAAAGCCUACACGAUCGCGCUAUUCGCACUCUCCUGCAAAGAGAAGGUAUCAAGCGCUUUCAAUUGGGUUCAAGACUUCCCAGUCUAUAUCUCGGUAUCCCCUCCGAUCACGGCAGCGAGCGCAAACGCCUACGCUCUUGGUUCGCAAACGUAGGCUGGAACACCGCCUUAUCCCGUCCCGUCUGCAGUAUGGUAAUGCGAACACUACAAUCCUGGUCCCCACCUGAAGGAAUGGCGCAGUCACUGCAAGGCGCAGGAGCAGAGUUCGAUCUCGUACGCGGAUGGGAGCACUCGAGAGCAAUCCUCGAUCACAUCAAAACCAACAACCGCCAAGGCUUGGCCGAAGUCUACAAACUCGCCCUCUCGGAUCCAACUUCUUGCGGUAUCGUCCGCGCCACGAGACCGGAAGACGGCAGUAUAGUCGGCACACUGAUCCUCUACAAUUCCUCCUCCGCACUUGCCGAAUUCAUCCCCUCGCUCAAAGAUGAAGGCAUCUCUGAAGACGUCACCGGUAGUGGAGGAGGUGGUGUAAGUUCACCUGUUAUUUCACCCUCCGCAGGUGAAUAUGCUACCAUACUGCAAAGCCUGAUCUUGCUAGGAGUCAGACAGGUCAAGAAACAAGGAUGUGCGAGUUGCGUGUUGGAUUAUAUGGAUGGGGAUGGCAAUUUUGAUGGGUUGUCGGCUAUGGGCUUUGAGACCAUGCAUACUUUUGAGGAGGUCAGUUGUGAUGCUGCUACUAUCACUAGGGCAAAGUGAGGAGGGAAGGUUUCUGAUGGUGAGGUGUGGCGUUUUGAUAGUGGUGUUGAAAUGCAAAGAAAAUCUUCUAUUCUUACG